AUGUAUAGAUUGGGAUCUCAGGGAAGGUCGAUACAAAGCCAGCUUCAGAAUGGCGACUCAAGUUCGGGACGACCACUACAGUUGCAAGGAACUGGGAUGAGAGAAGCUCAGAGGAUUCCUCAGCAGUUGGAUUAUCUUUUGGCGGAGAUUAUCUCUCCUAAUGAAGACACCAAUGUUAUUGGAUAUCUAGCUUAUUACUAUCCGAAACUGAAGAAUGAACAGAACGUGGCACUUUUGACUGAUUUUUUUCUUAGAUGCCCAACCUACUUUAGUCAUUCAAAUGUAGUAUCUCUGAGAAACAAUUACCCAGUGAUGGAAGCCUUCAAUUACAUUAUGACUACAAAGUUCAAAGUCUCCCAACCAACGGUUCCCUUCUAUAGAUUCUAUGCUGCUGUGCUGGCAAGUCUACUGAACUGCGAAAAGACCGAUCCAUCGCACCAUUGGAAGCUGAUUCCAAUACUAACUGGAGUCCUUCUCAGCAUCAAAGGAAGAGAUGACGUUGAGCUAUAUCCCGAUCAUAGCAGGUCUAUCAAGGGAAGUGACACUGCAGUGGCCCAACUGUUACAGAGAUGUUUAUUAAGAUUCUACCAAUCCGGUGAUGCAAGAAGUUAUGAUUUGAAUGCCCUCGUCAUAAUAUCCAUGAGCUGUGCCUUGGAUUACGUUGAAGAUGAUACCAUCAAGAAAAUACUGUAUUGUUUCAAUUAUACAAGAGCUAUCAUUGAUCUUAUUUAUUAUUCUCCUUAUGGUCUCAAUGAUAGUGACAUACCGCUAUUGUCGGACUCUUCCGUUAACUCACAGUCUUUCGACCAGCUACUUAACAACAACCCCGCGCUGAAACAUCUGAACCGAUUAUCGUUCCUUUUUGAAAGGACUGUAAAGUUGAACGAUGGUAGUAUUCAAUCAAAUCUUAAUGAUAUUGAUAUUUCCUUGAACAAGAUGCAAAGCUUCAGCGAGAAACUUUCAAAGAAAAUUUCCGUUCUAGAUGAUGAUAGUAGCAAAGGGGUUGGCCAGCUUCUCAGACAGUGUUUAUAUGCUUCAAUCAUCAUUCAUCAAGCUAUCCUGACGACGUUUUUCCAGUUGGAUAAUGCAGACUAUACAAAGUAUUUUUUGCCGUCAUUUUCCAGAAAGAUUCUUUCCAUUUUAUUUAACUUAUUCUUCAUUGUGGACAGAAUUGGAACGGGUGGAUUCCAGCCCUACAACUUUGUGUAUUUAACAUGCUUGCAAGGGAUAAUUCAGUACGACAUGAAAACUGCCGAAUCACUUGUGAAGACAUUUACCACUGGCAUUAACUACUCAUCUUUGAAAGAUUCUGAGGUUGCAAGGGCUAAACUUUUGUUCACUCUCAAUUUGAUGGAACAGAUUGUGAAUAUUUGCAGCGAUGAUCUAAGAUUGGAACUAAUCGUACCGUUGGUAGAAGAUUUGGUGAACAACAAAAAUGCAUGUGUUGAUAUUCAUAAUCAUGUGUUCAAGAGUAUAUUUGAAUCUGCUCAUUCAGUUAUCCUUAAGUUUUUUACUGUGGUGGACUCUUCCGUAAAGAAUGUUGACUAUGAGACAAAUGUUACAUUAGUAUCAGAAAAGAUCAUCCCUUAUUUGACGCUUGUCAUUGAUCAGUUUCCGGAAUUUUUAUCAAUUAAUCAGCUGGAUAUUGCAAUUGAGACUAUUAGUCGUACCGUAUUUCCAGACAGUCCCAUCUACAGUUACGACAAGAACAUCUCAUCUAUGUUUUUGAACGUCUUGUUUAACAAAUGUUUAACCGUUGACAACGAUGAGUUAGUUGAGUUGCCCGCAAUCGAGGCAGUAGUUGCACCUAAGAACGACGAAGAAAAUAAUACGUCUGACGCGCAAGAUGGCGGACCUAAAGAACUUCAGUCAUUGAAUGAUUUAAAAUCCAGAAGAUCGGCAUUGAUUUCUGCUUUAAUCUCAGUUUUCCCUCUUAUUCCCGUGAAGGACUACACUAAAUGGUUGUCAAUUGCUUUCUACGACUUGAUUGUAGCUACCCCAGAAAGAACGGAACGUGCAUUUUUGCAAGAACGAUUGUGGGACUGCGUUGUUGGAACCAACAAAUAUGACCCUCAAAAGGGAAAUUUAGGUAUAAUGUGGUGGUAUGAGAAUGUAAACGCCCAAUCAACCGCAAAGUUAUAA